AUGGAUGACCAAGAUAAGGGCAAAACUGCCCUCAGGAUUGCCUUUAUAGCUGAGACCAAGCUGGCUAGCGUUGUGACAGUUCUGCUAGAGAAACUGCAACAGGAUGAGCGAGACAGAGUUGACAUUUACUGUGUUCUGGAGAAAGUAUUACAGAAGGACACCGGGGGCCUAGAGAGUAGGCUACUUAACAAAAUAAUAACCCUGGCCUCAAACCACAUGAGAGAGACUCAGGAAGCAACAAAUGAACUAAAAGUGGCAGCCAGCAACACCUUAGUGACCCUGGCACGCUGCUAUUUCUAUGAGGUGAUGUACGAGCUGCAGUGUCUUCUGAAACUACUGGGGCUGCCUGAAGAGUUUACUUUCGUUACACUGGGCAACCUGUCAUCAGCCUAUGCACUUGAGUGUAUCCCUUAUGUGGGAAUGACCCUGAAGCGCAUGUUCUCCAUGUUGGGGUUAGUCAAGGACAGCAGGCUGAGACAAGCAUUUUGUGGUGUUCUGGAAAAAUGGUCCAGGGCAAUAAAUCUAUAUUUGACUAACUGGGAUGAGAACACAUUCCCCAGCAUGGGUACAUUGCGAUUCUUCGAUACAAUUCUUCCAUUCUAUUGUCAUGUGACCAGCAACUGGCUGAAAUGCGAGGAACUGAAGCUCAAGCAGGCCAUCAUCAAAGCCCUUGGUCCCAUGAUGAGCCUCCUGCUACACAAAGAGGAGCAUCACGAUCGGAUAUUUGAACUGAUCUCAUGGCUCCUUGAGCAAUAUAAGGAGGACAUUGAUGUUUUUCACGUCACCAAGAGUCUGAGCCAGCUCUUGGAGGUCUCUUGUGAAUAUAAGAUCCCUCUACCUAAAGAGAAGUUUCAAGCCAUCUGCAGUGCUCUGCACAUCCAGAUCUGUUCUCAAGCUAAGCCGCUCAGCACGGAAAAUCACGCAGAGCUGUUGGAUUGUGUAGUUCUGCUAGCCCGUUCUUCUCCUGAUGAUCUGAUAGCAUUUCUGCACUCGCAGCUGGAGAUUGAGAAUGAGGCUGUUCGUGUGGCCUCUUUGAAUCUGCUCAGAGCUAUUGUUGGCGCCGACUUGCCCGAGACAAGAGUUAAAAAGUUUCUGAUUGUGAAGGCAGUGAAAUCCACUUUCAGUGAUCAGAAUGCUACGGUGAGGAAGGCAGUUCUUCAUUUCAUCAGGAGGCUGCUCAGUUCAGGAAGUGUGGAGAAUUGUGCAGCAUGGGAUGUGGUAGCAUAUGUUUUCCGCGAGUUCAGUGUGUCCACCAGCAAACUGGCUAUUCAGGAAGAAAGCACUAUCCAAACCCUGUGCAUUGACAUCCUGCAAUGUCUGGACACCUCAGUCAGUGGAAUGACCCAAGUGUUAUGGCCAAGGCUUCUGGAGUAUGUGGUGCCAGCUCAGUACACGGGUACUUUGAAGCCUCUCUGCAGAUGCCUUAGGGAACUGGCUGAGAAAAAGCAGCAGGAAGGAGAAGAAGCUGCUUGCCUCGACUACAGUGGACCAGUGAAACUCCCUACACCCCAGGGGCUGCUGGCGCGACUCCUGGUAGUAGCCUCAUCCCCUUAUGAAAGAGAAGGACAUGGAUGUGCUGCCUUGCAAUUACUGAAGGCCCUGCACCACAAUAUCCACGCAGCAGUGGGUGAGAUGUGGGUACUGAAGAUCCCACCUCUGCUGCAGUACAUUGAAGGAAACACAGAGAAUUCCCUGGACUAUGAACAGUGGGAGCACAUGCUGCUUCAGUUCCUAAGAACAUCUCUGGAGAUGAUUGGCGACAGUGCCUGGAGCAGCCAGAUAAGCCUUGAGUUGAGCCAGCAGAUGGCCGGCUAUGCCAGCCCCUCCAAAGAGAAGAGUUUCCUGUAUAAGGCGCUAGGAACGUCCUUAGCAGUUUGUCAGGACCUGGUCCAUGUUAAAUCACAGAUUAAUACAUUUCUGACGACAACAGAUUAUACGGAAGCCCCUGAGAGAGAGGGAGUCAUUUCCAUCCUCGCAUUGUCUGCUGAGAGCCACUUGGACCUCACCUUGAACGCACUUCAGGAGUUUGGGGCUGCAAUGAGCAAGGUUAAGAUUUCUGGGUUCAUCGGCCGCCUGAAGGACUACCACCGUGGAAAAAGAGGCAAGACUCGCAGCACCCUGAUGCUGACAUACAGCAACGUGGCUGUUCAUGCUCCAAAAGACCAGCUUCUCUCCCGAGUAGAGGCAGACAUCACAGGGAACAUCCUUCACCAUUACAGAGCCAGUUGUCAGGUGCUGGGCAUCACUGUUACGAACAAGGACAUGUACCUAAAAUUAACCCUCAUCCAGAAUGUCACGGAGAUUAGCUGUGCCAUCUUGGAGACCAGAGACUCCCAGGAGUUCGAAUUCUCUUACAAACAGGAGCUCCUUGGAUACAUGCUGGACUUCAUUAAAAAGGAACCACUGGAUUCCCUGGCAUCUCCAGUUCGCUACAAGGCAAUUCUUUCCAUUGAACAUCUGAGCAAACUCAAACCAUCUUUGACCCUGGAGGAAAACCGUGAGCUCCUUGAUCAGUGUUUCAAAAGUUUAUUUCCCCUUCCUCCCUUGGAGAAGACAAAAGAGGAAGGCGAGACAGCGAAGGAUGCUCUGCAUAUACAGUCACUGUAUGUAGGGUCCUUGGAAGCCCUUGGCAAGCUAAUGAAGACUCUGCUGGAGGAAGAACCAACCGCAGACUGGUUCCAGGAAAUGUUUGAACUACUAGCGACAUGGGUCAGUUCAGAGAAGGAGUGGGAGAGAGAAAGGGCCUUGCAGGCCAGCACCCAGCUGCUGACUGCCUAUCAAGAGGCAGUUAAUAGCACAACUCAGGAAACUUUUAAUCAGUUUGGAUCUCUGAUUGGACUAAUAGCACCAUACAGCUGUGAUUCACUGGCCACAUCCCGUCAGUGGGUGGUUGACUGUAUCAGCUGCCUUCUCUGUAUACAAGGCCAGUCCAUGAACCUGGGGUCAGCGGCGGAGGAGCUGAGAUGUCUCCGUGAAGCACUAACAGCUCCAGACCCUGAGGCUCUGUUUCAGGCAUCUUCCAAAAUGGCCAGGGUUGUUAGUGAGUACUUUCCCUCAGAACAGGCCACAGACUUUAUUAAGGCCACAUUGGGUGGUAUGUUGUCUGCCAGCCCCACCUGUGCCACGGCAGCUGGACUGUGGAUGAAGAUCAUCCUGAAGGAGUGUGGAGAUGCCAUGCUGGACAAGGUGCCAGAUAUCCUGGUUAUAAUCUAUAGCCACAUGCCUGCUAUCCAGGAGGGCAGCUUGAGGCAGUUCCUGGUGGAGGCGGUGUCCAUUUUAGCUCACCGUGACCUAGAGACAGUGAUCUCCAGCCUCCUCGGCGAACCUCUGCCGAUGGACAGUGACAUCAUUGAGCUGUGGAGAUCUCUGGGGGCAGACCCCUUGCUUGCCACUCAAGUCCUAAAGAUCCUGAUAGACAAGAUAAAGACUCCAACAAGACAAGAAGGCCGCAUCACCUCAGAGACUGAAAUCGACAGGGAUUUGGCAGCUGCUGAACCUCUCUCAGCAACAUGUGCCAUCUUUGAGGUGGUGUCAGCACUGCAGUCGAGCAAAGCUGUGCAGGACCUGCUCCCAGAGUUGUUUCCUGUUCUCCUGCAGCAGAUCACCCGAACCCUAGGACAAGAGAUGCCUUUGCCAGGGAUAAGCAGCCGGAGGGAAUUCCAAAAAGACCUACAACAUACUGAGGGCGACCCUUGCCGGCUUUCUAUCCAAGCAUUAGAGGCUGUGCUUUUCAAAGCUGGGAAUGAGAGACUGGGGAGAGCACUCAGGGAGCAGAGAACACAGAUUCUGCUUGAAAAUCCCAAGACUCACCAUGAGGGAGUGUGUCUGCUGGUGAGUGGUCUGCUAAGAGCUGAACUAGUAACACCUGAGAUCUUACAGAGCCUCCUCCCCUGGGUGAAUUCCCCAACAGAAAACCUCCGAGUCACCAGCACAGCUUUCCUUGCCCAGCUAAUGAGUGACCCCAUGCUCAGGGAGAAGAAGUUCCUUAAGUCUGUCUUGAGCAUCUUGGAAGAAAGGUCACAGGAUAGGAACAGCAUUGUCCGCCAGAUGGCUGUGAGAGGCCUGGGAAAUUUAGUCUAUGGGGCGCCUGAGAAGGUGAAAAAGCACAAGAAGUUUCUUCUGGACAUACUGAUCGGGGCUUUACAUGACAUUUUCAGUUCGGAAGUCAUUGGCGAGAGCAUGAAAGCACUGGCAAAAGUCCUGAAGGAGCUGAAAGAGAAGGACAUAGGUUCUUCUUUCAAAGACCUCACCCAACAGAUCCGGACCUACUUUGACGAUGAGGAUGAUGCUCUUCGCUCAAUGGCCUUUGUCCUAUUUGGCAUCCUGGCCCGGCUGACAAAGAGAAAAUGGAAGACCUAUUUCGCCGACCAGGUUAAAAAGAGCUGGGUCACACUUCUGCUGCACCUGCAAGACCCAAACCCUGAGAUUUCAAUGGAAUGCAGAGCUACGUUUCACCUCUGUUUCCCAUUUUUGGGACUGAAGAGACUCCAAAGUGCAAUUAAUGAGCACCUUGGUGGCACAGCCAAGCUGAAGCCUGAAGAGCUCCAGGUGGACAUUUGCAGACACCUUGCCAAAAAGAAUGCAGAGCUGCUGGAGAAAUUGUACCAAACCACCAUCACGUACUUCUAUAGCAGCUGGGAAGAGAUCCGGGCAGUUGCAGCCAACUUAGCUGGCAUCAUCCUGGAACACACAGACAGGCAGCGUAUGAAAUGGCUGGACCUGGAAUAUCUGCUGAUGUCUCUCCAGGUCCUACAGAAAGACCCAAGUCCCACUGUCCAGCUGGUGGCAACUGAGAUCAUAAGUAACAUCUGUUCUGGCCGAGUGAUUGGGGAAUGA